AUGGCGGAACCACCCAAGAAAAAGCUUAAGAUCUCUAUGGAGAGUUUCACUGUAGAGCCUUUGAAGGUGAUCGUCGGAGCCGAGAAGCGGGUAUUCUUUAUCAACAAGGAUCUGAUAUGUGCUCAAUCAGUUUUCUUCGAGACUGCCUGCAAAAAGGAAUGGUUUGCCGGUCUGGAACAUACUGUCACACUCGCCGAGGAGGAUCCAAUCAUCUUCGGGAAGUUUCUGGUCUGGUUAUCUACGGGGGAUAUUGAAGGAAUGAAGGAACUGCUGGCAGCUGAACAAGUCCCUCACAACUCUGCUGUUGAAUCGCCUGAAAAUUGCGCCAGAAAAGCAAAAUUUAAGCAGCUCGUUUCGUGCUAUAUUCUCGGAGAUUCGCUUCAAUGUACACGUUUUCAAAAUUGCCUCAUCAACAGCAUUUGCUGUCUAGCAAAGAAGGCCGACGAAUCCGGAUUCUCGAUUGUUUGGGACGAUGACAUCCUCCAGACUACUUACAACAACAUUAUCGCGAAAUCUCCUUUACGCAAAUUCUCUCUCGACUCCUUUCUUUCCCAAGAUCAGAAGGCUAUUAGUGCAAUACUGGAGCUGAAUGGAAAGAAGAGAGAAAAAGCAAAGGAAUCGAAAAGUUUGGCACGGAAAAAGUGGAAAAAUGACAGAGAAGGAAUCGCUUGGAUGAAUGAGUUGGAUAAGCAAAGGGACAAUAAAGGGAAUGAAGUGAUGUCUGGCGGGUUUGCUCAGGCUUUGGGGAUACUUACUGGGAAAAUGACCUUCAACAAAGCAGUACCUUAUAUCAACUCAGCCAUUAUUUUUCGUCUUUCGAACCGAAGACCAGGUCAACGGACAGAUAAAAGGGUUUUGACUGGAGAUCUUCGACUCGCUGUGAAGAACGUGGAGGAUGUUAUAGCACCGUUGGCGUUGACAAAGAAACUCUUGAACAGUUAUGGGCUUGUCAUUGGAAAGAAUGGGAUUCUAGAGGAAGCUCUUUCAGUGAAUGACAUUUCGGCGCCUGUUGUUUCUUAA